AUGGAGGCGAUGAAGAGAUUCAUGGUGAUGCAACCUCUAUCUUUUAAUGGAGAGCCCAAUACGGAAGCAACUGAGCAUUGGUUAAGGAGGAUGAAAAGAAUUCUGGUGGGACUGGACAUACCUGAGGAAAAUAGGGUAAGUCUAGCGGCAUACAUGCUUGUUGACAAAGCUAAUUUCUGGUGGGAAUCAAUGAAAAUAGUGUGUGAUACCGAGGUUAUGACUUGGGAGGAAUUUGAGAGAAUCUUCCUAGGCAAGUAUUUUGGAGAGGUGGCUAAGCAUGCCAAGAGAAUGGAGUUUGAGCACCUCAUCCAAGGAAUCAUGUUGGUAUUGGAGUAUGAGUCACACUUUUCAGAGUUGUCCAGAUUCACCUUGGGGAUGAUCAGUGAGGAAGGAGAAAAGGCUAGGAGGUUCCAACAGGGGUUGAGGUCUGCUAUUAAGAAUAGAUUAGUCCCACUAGCAAUAAAGGACUAUUCUCAAUUGGUCAAGAGGGCUUUGUUGGUGGAGCGGGACAUUAAGGAAACCAACCAAAUUUGGGAGUAA